AUGAAUAAAUUAUUAGCUUCUUUAGAUCAGAGGGUUCCAGCGAAACUGAUCAGUUUUGAAGAUAAUUAUGUUCUCUCAUACGAUUCACAACUCUCCAUUACCUCCUUUUUGAAAAAAUCUAUCAUCGGGAUUAAUCCAUACUAUGCCAAAUUAUUUUUACGAGAAUAUAUAAAUAAAAUAGAACAAGGCAAUGAAGAAAUUUCAGACGAAUUGUAUGAGUUGUAUUGUGAUCCAGAUAUUUUAAAUGCCGUGGAAUUGGGUCCAUCUGAUACAGACCUUUUACGAUUUUAUAUCAAUGGGCUAGAAGAAGAAUACAGUCUGGCAGAAAACGAAUCGAUCUUGAUCAAAGAGACUCCAAAGUUAAUAUCUGGUAAUAAUACCACCGGGUUACGAACAUGGGAAGCAGCAUUAUAUUUGGCCAACUAUAUCAAUAGAAAGACUAAUACCCCUUAUGACUUUAAAGACAAAACUAUAUUAGAAUUAGGAUGUGGUACUGGAUUAGUUGGACUUGCUUUACUAAAAAAUUACAACUCACGAAUAGCCCCAAUAAAGGAGUUAAUCAUGACUGAUGGUUCUACUGUAGUAUUUGAUAAUGUUAAAGAUACUUUGAAGUUGAAUUCUUUAGAGAAGAACAUGAAAGUACAUUUCCAACAACUCAUCUGGGGACCGGAUUCCUUUACUGAAAAUUCUGACAAACAAGUAGAUGUGAUUCUUGGUGCAGAUAUAACAUAUGAUUCUACGGUAGUAGAGUCACUAUGUAUUAGUAUUAAAGACUUUUUUGUACACAGAGGUACAAAUCUUGCAGUUAUUGCCGCUACAGUUAGAAAUAUAGACACAAUAUUAGCGUGGGAACUUGAGCUUAAUAACUAUUUCAAUGGCAACUGGAGAAUAACAUCAAAGGUAGACAAACCCGAGCAUAUUAAUUCAACAUGUUAUUUCAAACCAGGAACUCAAGAAAUACGAAUUUAUGAAAUUGUAAAUAACUAA